UCGCAAAGUCCCGCUGCUAGCCUGUCUGCAUACGAACCUCCGAGUUCGUACUUUGCUUGAUCUGUAGACUUUGCAGAAUCUACGGUAAAUAUGAGUGAAAUUAAACCCAUUGCGGCCGGGAAUAACGCAGCUGCUGACACAGGGGAAGAGAGAGACUGGGCCGCCGCCAAAGCCUUUUUUGACAGUUUGAAAACAAGGAAACCGAGACCGCCCAAACCUCAGUAUGCCGUCACCAUCGCAGUGUCCUCCCGGACGCUGUUUGAUAUGACUAAGGAGAGACAGAUCUACGAGGAGGAGGGGGUGGAGAAGUACGUGUCCCACCAGCAGGAACACGAGGACGAGCCCCUGAAGCCCGGCGCCGCGUUCCCGUUCGUAAAGGCUCUGAUGACGGUGAACACUCGGCUGAGGGAGCUGUACCCGGACUGCGAGGAGCUGUUUGACAUUGUGCUAAUGACCAAUAACCACGCCCAGGUCGGCGUGCGUCUCAUCAACAGCAUCAAUCACUACGAUCUAACGAUUGAACGAUUCUGCAUGACGGGUGGGAAGAGCCCCAUUGGAUACCUGAAGGCCUACAUGACCAACCUGUACCUCUCAAAGGACUCUGAGAAGGUGCAAGAGGCCAUUGAGCAAGGCAUAGCGGCUGCCACCAUGUUCACUCCUGACACCGAGGUGCAGCUGAGUGACACCCAGCUGCGUGUGGCCUUCGACGGAGACGCUGUCCUCUUCUCCGACGAGUCAGAGAUCAUUGUGAAGCAACACGGGUUGGAUACCUUCUUCGAACACGAGAAGAAGUAUGAGAACAAGCCCCUGGCACAGGGGCCGCUGAAGUGCUUCCUGGAGGCUCUGGGGAAGCUGCAGCGCAAGUUCUACGCCAGAAAUGAGCGCAUGAGCUGCCCCAUCCGCACGUACCUGGUGACGGCGCGGAGCGCCGCCAGCUCCGGGGCCAGGGUGCUGAAGACGCUGCGCAGCUGGGGCCUGGAGGUGGACGAGGCGCUCUUCCUCGCCGGCGCCCCCAAGGGGCCGCUGCUGCAGAAGAUCCGUCCCCACAUCUUCUUCGAUGACCAAAUGUUCCACAUCGAGGGGGCAAAGGAGCUGGGGACCAUCGCUGCACACGUGCCUUAUGGGAUUGGACAGAAAUACCACAAGGGUAAGCUGAUCGAGCAGACCCCUAAGAAGUAAAGCACGACAACACAGGGUUACGGAAACACAGCACUGCUUUUCCCUCAGUGUUUUAUAUCUGUGGUGACAGCUUCUUUUUAUCACUCCUGUAUCUCUGUUUUCCAUUGUGACAUUGAGACUGUGUUUCAGCUUUCAGGUGCAUUUGAUGUAGGGUGGUCUGAUUUCUUUAUUCUUGUGUUGUAGUCAGUGAUGCAGGGGGUGGUGCUGUAUCUAACAGGGUGAAAGAGAAAAGCAGGGAUGUUGUGCUGGUGACAGUGUGUGAUGUAAGGGACCCCCCCCCCCAGUUUCUCUUAGUUUGCUCUUCAGAUGUGUUCUCUAACUGAACUUAAUUUGUACGUCUGUUUCUGAAGCAUCCACCGGAAUACUGUAAUAAUGUAUGUGAGUAAUUAAUGUGCCAGUAUGUUUUUGGGGUUGUUAUGCCCACGCAUAGUGAGCAGGGCAUAAUAACUCCAAAUGCUUGUUAUUAAUAAAAUGUUUAAAUAAACUAGCACUCAUUUAGUGGCAUGGCAGCUGUGCUUCUGGAAUGGUGGCUGGUAUGGAGAUUGGGGACGACGCCUUGUGUCUUGAUUGGGCGCCAGUCGGUCAUGAGGGAGGGCUUUU